AUGACGUCUGGUCCUAGAGGCAUCGGCGCUGCGGCAGGCAGGUUGCGAAUGCCUCCCAACUACUGGGAUCCCAUCGUGUAUCAAAACGAGCAGCCGACACCACAUUGCCUGUUGAGGGUGAGGCGCGACAUCGCAGAACUGCACACCGAGCCGCUUCCUGGUGUGUUCGUCGCUCCGGAGGAGAGCGACCUGACAAGGAUCCACGCUGUCCUGGUUGGGCCGUCUAAGACACCGUACCACGGUGGCUUCUUUCACUUCCUGGUGAAGUGCCCUCCGGACUACCCGAUGAGCCCCCCGAGGGUGCGAAUCAUGACUACGGACGGUGGUCGGGUGACGUUCAAUCGUCACUUCUACAGCAACGGAAAGGUCUGCCUCAGCCUCUUGGGCACCUUCCAGGGAUCUACGUGGAGUCCCGCUCAGACCGUGGGAAGUGUGCUGCUCUCCAUCCAGUCGAUCAUGACCGAAGAUCCGUUCGACGACCAGGGUCUCGUUGCGGCGGUGCCGCUCCCGGGCAGGGACCCGCGGUGCACCAGCAGGGUCACCGUGUCGCACGAGACCAUCCGGGCGGCCGUGUGCGACGUCGUCGAGAGCUGCCUGCGUGGACACGCUCCGUGGCCGACGAGCUUGAGGGAGCCGGUGCUGAAGGCGUUCGCCGAGAACUACCCGCACUACGAGGAAGCCUGCAAGAACAACCUCGUCGCGGACGGCAGGGCGAUGGUCGGCGCCGGCAUGAUCUCUGCCGACCAAAGCAAGUACGACUUCGAGACGCUGCUGAAGCGACUGCAGGGUCUGAACGAGCAGGUGCGCGAGCAGGGGAACGAAGCUGCCGCCGGCGCCGCCACGGCAAAUGCCGCGACUGACUGACUGGAAUGGUUGUGUAGCGAGAGAGCAGUAUAAAUCC